AUGUAUGAUUAUUACGAAUUAGAAGAUCACAAAAUGAAAGGCACGCUUAGAGACUGGCGCAAGGCGCUGCGGACUCCGGCUACGUACAGAGUUGGAAACGCAGUGAGGAUACAACCCCAAUUCAUGUUUUUGAUUAUGCUGCUGGGUUUUUUCCUAUUAAUUCUAUUCUACUAUAAUUGGUGUACAAGUCCACGAUCAAUACAUAUUUGGACGCAAAGCUCUCGAAUUUACAAUACAACAUACCCUUUAACACCGGCUUACCAAACUGGUGAUGAGUAUACUUUCAGAAUAGGUAUAGUUUCUGACUUAGACACAAAUUCUAAAAGUAGUUCUAAGCCUAACACAUACAAUAGUUAUUUUAAGAAGGGUUACUUAAGCUUUGAUCCUGUAAAGAAAUAUGUGACGGUGAAGUGGGACAAUGCAAUAUUGCUGUCUUCGACUUACUCACAUAAAGGAAGAGGCAUGGAGUUAUCUGAAUUGAUUGUAUAUGACGGCAGAUUAUUGACUUUUGAUGAUCGAUCUGGAAUGGUUUUUGAAAUCCUAAACAACAAAAUGGUGCCAUGGGUGAUACUAUCAGAUGGGAAUGGUCAAAACGAGAAAGGUUACAAAUCUGAGUGGGCGACAGUUAAAGAUGAAAUACUAUAUGUUGGCUCUAUGGGCAAAGAAUGGACGACAGCCAGUGGAGAGUUUCAGAGCUAUGAUCCUAUGUGGGUGAAGGCUAUAAACUUGCGAGGAGAGGUACAACAUUUGAGCUGGGUUAAUCAUUUCAAAGCCAUAAGGCUCUCUAUUGGCAUUAAAUGGCCGGGUUAUAUGAUACACGAGUCAGGAGUGUGGUCAGCCAUUCAAAAAAAAUGGCAUUUCCUACCGAGAAGGUGCAGCCACGAAGCCUAUAAUGAAACCAGGGAUGAAGUUAUGGGCUGCAAUUACCUUAUUACUGCAAAUGAUGAUUUCAGUCAAGUUAAAGCUAUAAAGAUUACAAAGCACCAACCGAAGCAUGGCUUCUCAUCAUUCAAGUUCAUACCUGGAUCAAACGAUGAAGCAAUCGUUGCUUUAAAGACAACGGAAUACGAAGGGAAAACGGCCACAUACAUUACAGCCUUCACGACGGACGGUACAGUUUUACUUAAAGAUACUCUUGUGGAAAAUCUUAAAUAUGAAGGAUUUGAAUUCAUAUGA